AUGUCGGGGGCGCUAAUGCUGGCCUCAGUGUGUGAGAUAUCUCUAGGAGCUUUCGGACUACUGGGCGUGCUGCUAAAGUACAUCGGCCCCAUCACCAUAGCCAACACCAUCUCACUCAUCGGGAUCUCUCUCUACCGUCUGCCCAUCAUCUAUGGCAGACCGAACUUCAUCAUAGCCUUAAGCUGCACGCUGCUAGUACUAAUCUUCAUCCUGUACUUCAACAAAAUCGGCAUCCCGGUACCCAGGAUAGGAAAGGAAAACAAAAACAAACCCAGGUCCAAAUUUAAGAUCUUCCAAUUGAUACCUAUUCUAUUGGCUGUGAUCAUCAUGUGGAUAGUCACGGCUAUUCUAACGGCUUGUGACGUCUUCACUGACAACAGGGAGGACGUUGGGUACAUGGCCAGAGCUGAUGCCAAGGUCGACAUCAUCUACACCUCAAGUUGGCUGCACGUCACUUACCCAGGCCAGUUUGGCUUCCCGAAACUCAGCUUGGCCUUGACCCUGGGGUUCCUGGUGCCCUGCCUGUCCUCCUCCAUCAAGUCGGUAGGCGACUACUACGCCGCCCAGAAGGCGUGCGAGAUCCCCGGCAUCCCGGACUCAGCCAUCUCCCGGGGGAUUCUCAUCGAGGGGAUCGGCAGCAUCAUCUCAGGGGCUGUGGGGGCCGGGCACGCCACGACCUCGUACAGCAGUAACAUCGCUCUCAUCAAGUUGUCUAAGACAGGAAGCCGCUCAGUGAUGUAUGCCACUGGGAUCAUCAUUCUCGUCUUCUCUUUCAUCGGUAAAGCUGGGGCCGCGCUCACGACCAUCCCAAAUCCCAUUCUGGGUGGUGUCAUGGUGGUGAUUAUAUCCACACUUUUAUCCAUCGGAUUGUCGAACCUAAAGUAUGUGGAUAUGACCUCGUCAAGAAAUCUGUUAGUGUUUGGUCUACCUUUCAUGGCUGGCAUUGUGUUGCCUGCCGCUAUGGAGAUGCAUCCGUCCGCAAUGAAAACAGGUUCUGACGAUGCUGAUAGAAUUAUCUACGUGAUAUUUGGAACACCGAUGUUUAUAGGUGGAGUUUUGGCUUUAGUUCUAGACAACACAGUCCCAGGUACGCGCGAGUCACGUGGUAUGACCACGUGGACCUCCCACGCCGACCUCGGCAGCAGUUUAUCGUCAGCAGACGUGGAGCAGGUAUUCAGCUGGUCCUGGUACCCGCGUCUGCUCAAGGUCGCUCCCUUCCUGCCCAGGAUCCCCUUCAUGCCAAAAAAUGUUUGUGAAAAUCAACUCUACGACAACUGCCCCAAAGAGGACUUAGAGCUACAGUCGUAGCUGGUGCUACACUUAGCUCAACCUAUAGCCGUAAGCCUCCACUGAAGACUACCAACAAAAUU